AUGGGCUCCUUUGUCCGCCCUCACACAUUUGCAGCGCCCGCAGGCGACACAAUGGAAGGCCUCGUGGCCUGUAUUGGGGGAGAGGGUGGAAAGCCUCCCAAGAAAACCAAGGCGCCCAGGGAAGAGGCCGCCGUAUCGCUCGGUCCCCAGGUCGCAGAGGGAGAGCUCGUCUUUGGCGUCGCCCACAUCUACGCCUCGUUCAACGACACCUUCGUCCAUGUCACCGAUUUGUCCGGCAAGGAGACUAUCUCCCGUGUUACCGGUGGUAUGAAAGUCAAGGCUGACCGCGAUGAGUCCUCGCCCUACGCUGCCAUGUUGGCAGCACAAGACGUCGCUACUCGCUGCCGUGAAGUCGGUAUCACCGCACUCCACGUCAAGCUCCGGGCGACUGGCGGUACCGGCACCAAGACGCCUGGCCCCGGUGCGCAGAGUGCCCUCCGUGCUCUCGCUCGUGCAGGCAUGCGCAUUGGCCGUAUUGAGGACGUCACCCCCAUCCCCACCGACUCCACGAGGCGCAAGGGUGGUCGUCGUGGUCGUCGUCUCUGA